AUGUAUUCCACUCUUGAGGUGGAUAUUCAGCCAGGCGUCGGCCUCGGAAUGUUUCAGCUUGGUUCCUCGCUGUGGAAUGUAAUAGACCUCUUGCGCAGAAUGCAACAUGCAUUUCCCUUGGUUGAUGUCAAGUUCGACCCAGACUUCCCCGUCGCACCUGUCAUUCUCCACAUUCGGCCCCACGUAGACUUGCUCUUCUCCGGCCGCCAUCAACGAUUGCACACGAUCUGCGUGAGGAAGUUGCGAGAUCUCAACCCGCCAGUGAGUCUGAAGUACAAGGAGAUGACACUUUCAUCCAGUGAAGAGGUGCUGCGACGUGUUGGCGUCAGUCGAACGUUUGGACCGACAUACCCUGGUGACGAUCUGCGUUAUCCGGGAGUCUUGUUCAGCUUUGAAGAGGAUGGCAGAGCCGAAGGCCUCAAGGUUUCACCUGCCCAACCAAGUGAUAGGAUGCAGGAAGUGAAGAGAGUCAUCAUCACCCAGAAGAGCAUAGCUGGUGAGGUCAGAGAUGCCCUCGAUGAAGUGGUCGAAUGUACGGCGAUGAAUGGUGAAGUGCGUCAGGCUGUCAUCAAGGUGCACGAAGGCGUAGACUUAUACUUCCACCCUGUGGAUGCGAAUUACGUGCGAAUACGUAUAGGUGUCAGCACUGCACAAGAUUUAUCAUGCGACUUAGGCCCUCCUCUCCGUGUCCACUACAAGGAAGAUGACAGGAUGACCAUCCACUCGAGAAAAGCCGGCGUCGAUGAUGAUGCAGACACAGACUACUUCUAUAAUUAUCUUCAACACGGCAUCGAUUUUCUCAUCUCUGGUACAACACAUGUUGUGAAGAAGAUAGUGGCUCAUACCAACGUGCCAGGGAGUCCACUCUUUCAACGAUACAAGCGUUGUCCUUGGGAAAUCGAGGGUAAACCUGAAGAUGACGAGGACGAGACACCGCCCCGUGUCAAGUUCCACGAUCGAGUGGAAGAAAUCAGUCAUUUUCUAAGCCAAGGGGAACCACCGUCUUCUAUGCUACUAGACCGGACGGACGAAGAGGAUAAUCUUACGUUGCCGAGCUCAAAGACGCGAUUGCUUGGUUUUGAUGGGAUCAUCCUCGAAGCUACGGAAUCUGGUCAUGUAGUGUCCGUGACUUUAUUCUAG